AUGCCAAAGGUCUCCCUUCGUAGACAACUCAUUGACGGUGCCUAUACCUACGCGCGACGGUUACGGGCUUGGAGGAGACAACAGCUGGAUAGGAGGGACAGAGAGCAGGAAGAGCAGGCUCUGGGAUGGCUGGGAGGAGACGAGGGGCUUGGAGAGGACAUCGAGCAGCCUGGUAGCUCUAUGGACGUCAGCGAUGUCAGUGAUGUAUCAUCAAUCUCAUUUGUUUCUGCCUCCACUGGCCCUGAAUCCGAUGGUUUUGAUUCAGAGAGUGAGGAGACACGGCAAUACCAGGAGCAGUAUGCUGCAAUACAAGAGCGGAUUCAGCAGCUUGAGGGCGCCCAAACCUUGAAACCCAAAACAAAGGUUCCAAAGCAGUCCCAGCUGAACCUGGUCCUUGUUCUAUACUGCCAGAACGACCCCAUCCGCUUCCAACGCAACCUCUGCGUAGCACCUGACACUUUCAACGGAAUUGUGCGCAAGAUCAAGAAUGACGCAGUCUCUGGUGGAGAGCAGGAGACUGGGCAACGUCAGCUCCCUGUGGAUUGA